GUCGCUCCCGGGGCGCCCCGAGCCGCGCGGCGCUGGACCUCUGACCCCGCCCGGGCAGUGCAGCACACCCGGUGCCGCAGUUCGUCAGCGUCGACGCGCGUCAUCCGAGGGCCAUGGAUCCGCUCACAACAGCGGCAGGUGCGAUCCCGCCGCAGCUGCGCGAGCUCUACAGCUCGCACGGCCUCUCGCAGAUGUCGCAGAUGUCGCAGAUGUCGCAGAUGUCCCAGAUGUCGCCGGCCCGGCUGCUCGAGCUCGGCCGGUACGGCAUGCGGCCCUACGACCUGGCGCAGCAGAUGAUCAGCCAGCAGACGGCCGUCACCAAGCUGCUCAGCGGCUCGCUGCGUCCUCCGGGCGUCAUCGGCGGCAGCAAGCCCAAGGUGGCCACGCCGCAGGUGGUCAACAAGAUCGAACAGUACAAGCGCGAGAACCCCACCAUCUUCGCCUGGGAGAUCCGUGAGAAGCUGGUGGCCGACGGCGUCUGCACCAACAACACGGCGCCGAGCGUGAGCAGCAUCAACCGCAUCCUGCGCAACCGGGCGGCGGAGCGGGCGGCGGCCGAGUUCGCGCGCGCCGCCGGCUACGGCUUCUACCACCCGUACGCGUCGGCGCUGCCGUACCCGGCGGCGGUGUGGCCGGGCCUGGCGCCGACGCCGCCGGUCGGGCCGACCGUCACGCCGCCGGCCGGCGACACGGCCUCGUCGGCCAGCUCCAGCUCGCCCAAGCCCAGCCUCGAGGAGUCCGAGUCGAGGCGUGAGCUGGAGGCGAGUCGCGACUCUGACUCGGAGCAGCCCAAGUUCCGGCGCAACCGGACCACCUUCUCGCAGGAGCAGCUCGAGGAGCUGGAGAAGGAGUUCGAGAAGACCCACUACCCGUGCGUGACGGCGCGCGAGCGUCUGGCCACGCGCACCGCGCUCUCCGAGGCCCGCGUGCAGGUUUGGUUUUCCAACAGACGAGCGAAGUGGAGGCGCCACCAGCGCAUGAACAUGCUCCAGCAACAGCCGGGCUUCGGCCCCCCUGGCUCCCCUGGCUCGGACGCUACCACCCCUGGCUCUCGGCCCCCCUCCCCCCAACCCUUCUCCGACCCCUCCCUACCAACCCCAGCGGCGGCGGUGAGCGCCACCAUUCAGAGCGAACGUAGUGCCUUCGCGCCGCCCGUCCUCCCCCGCCCGGCCGCGGUCGGCUCGCCGGCGUCGUCGGACUGUGUCGGUCUGGACCUCUCGGUGCGCGCGCAGGACGAGUCCACGCGGCUCGCCGGGGAGGGGUCGCACACGUCCGACGACGACGCCGAGUCCGAUGUCAGUGUUGGGGAGGACGCGCCAUCCGCGGACGGCCCACACCACUGAUAGAGGUGGUCGGCGGUGUUGUUCUGCUUGAGGCGGCGGGAAAGACGAAGCUUGCGCUUGGGAGGAUCCUUUUUGCCGUGUCCUAUUUUGCUUUCCCGCCAUGUUCCGCGCCACCCACCGACUCUGACAAGUCAGGAACCGGACCACCCUCUUCAGCUUCGCAUGCUCUGUGUCCUGCGGUCGGGUCGCGGGAGCGGCCCGCGGCCUCCUCCGCCGGUCGGGACAGGUCGAGACAAACGGCUGUUUCUGUGGCUCUUCUUGCGCCGUGCAGCCAGUGGUGUGUAUACCGAACUUUGUUGGCCAUCAUAUGGCAGACGUAUAUAUUUAUAACAUCACAACCGCAUUCGAUCAUUGAUUGUUAACUUAAUGUGCGUUUUUGGAGGAAUGCAUGACGAACGUUGGAUCAAUGUGUCACAAGCAAAUGGAAUACAUCUUCUGCACCA